AUGGCUCAAGAUCCUUCCGAGACCCCCGUCGACGAGACCUCGACCAACCCAGGCGGCGAUGUCGAGAUGACCGAGGAGGGCGCCGCUCCCGAGGUGCAAGAGGUUGCGGCCGACGGGAGCGAGCUGCCGUUCGCCGGCGAGGCCCAUGUCGUCCCCCCGCGCGUCAGCUUCAUGGCCUACCUCGCCAGCCCCAUUGUCCACCUUGUUGUCGGCCAGGGCGAGCAGCAGACUAUGCUGGCGGCGCACCAAGCCCUCCUCGUCAAGAGCCCGUUUUUCGACUCGGCCUGCCAGAGCUUCGUCGACGACGGCAGCCCGCGCCAAAUCGAGCUCCCCGACGAAGACAUUGACGCCGUCGGCGGCUUCCUCGAGUACCUCUAUACGGGCGAGUACUUCCCCAAGAAGCUCCCGGGCCAGCGCACCCUCGAGACCGACGCCAGCCUGCCCGCCGUCGACGACUCGGGCGACCAGCUCCUCAAGCACGCGCGCAUCUACACCCUCGCCGAGAAGCUCGGCGUCUCCCCGCUCAAGUCGCUGGCCAGCUCAAAGAUCCACUGCGUCAACUCGACGGCAAAGGGCGAGAUCACCUACGCCCGCUACGUCUACGCCCACACAAGCUCCAACGACACGACAGUGCGCGCCCCCAUUGCCAGCUUCUGGGCCACGCGCUCGCACAUGCUGCGCUCCGAAGCCGAGGACGAGUUCAAGUCUCUGUGCCUCGAGUACCCCCAAUUCGGAUACGACGUUCUCACCCGCGUCUUGGACGAGAAGCUCAAGAGGGAGCGCAGCGACAAGAUGCACCCGGCUACGGCAAGCGCUCGCAAGCGCGCACGCCACAGUAGCGGCGCUGCCUAA